CAGGUAGUGGCGUUGCAGCGAAAGGAUGCCCCUGGUGAAGCGCACCAUCGAGCCCAGGCACCUGUGCCACACGGUGCUGCCCAGGAACAUCAAGAAUGAACUGGAGUGCGUGACCAACAUCUCAUUGGCCAAUGUCAUCCGCCAGCUCAGCAGCCUCAGUAAAUAUGCAGAGGACCUGUUUGGAGAGCUGUUCAAUGAAGCGCACUCGUUCUCUUUUCGGGUCAACUCCCUGCAAGAGCGGGUUGAUCGUCUCUCCAUCAGCGUCACGCAGCUGGACCCCAAAGAGGAGGAGCUGUCUCUUCAGGACAUUACUAUGAGGAAGGCCUUCAGAAGUUCAACUGUUCAGGACCAGCAGCUUUUUGAACGCAAGUCGCUGCCGGUCCCGCUUCAUGAGACCUUCCACACCUGCGAGCAGCCGCCACCUCUCAACAUCCUCACACCUUACAGGGACGAUGGGAAGGACUGUCUGAAGUUUUAUACUAAUCCGUCGUACUUCUUUGACCUGUGGAGGGAAAAGAUGCUGCAGGACACAGAAGACAAGCGGAAGGAGAGGCGGAAGCAGAAGCUUGAAGAAUUUGUGACGAGCAGAGGGGGUAUAGAGCAGGAGCAAAUGAAGUGUAGGGGCAACCUGUACACUCCAGAGGUAAGAACCUUCUACUCUCCCCAGUCUGUCAAGAGCAUCCACUCCACAGUGCCGCAGCCUGCAGCCCUCACUGCUAAUCCCUCCCCACCUUCCACUCACCCCUCUGGUUUGCUCGGGGCAGACGAGCUGCCCUCUCUCAGCCCGUUACUAACAGCCCCUCCAGCAGCCCUGCAUCAAAGCCUUGCACUUUUUACAUUGAUUACUCUGAAAGCAAUCGACCGUCCGCAGGAGCCAGAGAAAGUACCACGGGCGCCUCACGAUCGGAAGAAAGAGUGGCAGAAACUUGCACUGGGCGCAGAGCUUGCCCAGGACAUACCGGAAGACAAGCAUCGAGAGGCAAACGGAUCUGCCGGUUACCAAGACAACAGGGCUCCCUUAUACAUGGAGCAAAUGGACGGCCCGUUCUCGCUGGCCGCUCUGCCCUACAGCCAGAUGAACGAGCUGCUGAACCGCACCGGGGACAGAAUGUACUCCCGACCCCACGACCCUCCACCACCUCCACCUCCUAUGCACCCACUGGGAGAGAUCAAGCCACCUUCUGUAAUCAGCUCCAGUUCAGGUUUUUCCGACAGCAGACCUCAGUCUCCAGCCAGGACAGCAGGCUUCAACUCCGGCACUCCUCCCCCGCCGCCGCCUCCACUUCCUCCCCCUCCUCCGCCCUUACCCUCCACCGGCCUGCGGGGCACCCCCCCACCGCCCAUUCCUCCGCUACCAGUCCAGCAGCAGCCUCCGGCCAUCCCUCCUCCUCCGGCCCCGCUCCAGAUCGCCCCGGGGGUGCUCCACCCGGCCCCGCCGCCCAUCGCGCCCCCCCUCCAUUCCUUAUCCCCGGCCCGCCUGCAGCAUGGCCUGGACAAGGGCCUGUCUUCAGGCUCGGGGACUCUGUCGGACGGCACCGUCCUGCCUCCUCCUCCGCCGCCACCUCCGCUGCCUCUCCCCGGAGCACGGAGUUCAUCGCCCUGUCCAUCGGGCCCUCAACCCAUGCCAGCCUUCCCCUCGGCAGGAGCCAUGGCGUCUCCACCCCCCCACACCAUGCACGACGUAGGGACCAAGAGGCACCAUCCACCCAACCUGCCACCCAUCAGCGAUGCCCGCAGUGUGCUGUUAGAGGCCAUCAGAAAGGGCAUCCAGCUGCGAAAGGUGGAGGAGCAGCGAGAGCAAGAGGCCAAACAUGAACGGGUUGGGAACGACGUGGCCACCAUUCUCUCCCGCCGCAUCGCCGUGGAGUACUCGGACUCCGAGGACGAGUCCGAGUUCGACGAGGGGGAUUGGAUGGAAUGAUGACGGCGGCUGGGAAAAAAAAGGGAGAGCAGCAGCGGCGGCUGAGGACAGACGCGUUGGUGGUGCCCGUCCCUCCACCAACUCCACGACCCCGCGCUCCAAACGCCGGCGCCAACGAAGAGGAGCGUUGUUGUUGCCUACUAUUCCUCAGUCGACCCUCUUUUUCUAGCUCCUUGCUUCUUGUUGAGGCCCGUGCUGGACGGAGAGUCUCCACGUCUCCCUCGUCGGUCUGUUUAUGGCGUUCUAAGUUUUUCGUUCUUAUGUUUUUUCCUGCACUGCCACACAACUUUUCUUCUUCUGGAUGUCUUGAGAUGGAAUCCCACAUUUACUGUUAAACGUGAAAUAACUUUUUGAAAAAGCCACUUGAUUUUCUUACUUAUCUGUUCGUUGAUGUUAAAAAGAUGCUAUAGGGCAGGAUGCGUGAGGUCAGGCUGCAUUUAUCUUUAGUGCUCUUUAGAUGCUGUUUUUUCUUUUUUCACCACCUGUUUUUUGUUUUAAAAAAGAGAAACACACAUAGUUUUGGCAGGCCAGUAGUUUCCAAUGCAGAGCUCAACAUUAUAAGUUUGAAAACCAGCCGGGAUUUAUUUUGUCUCCAUAGUUACCUGGACUGACGAUUUUACUAAGAAUGUUUGUGUUGUUCAGUGAAGAUUUUUCUACGGCUGAAAUGAAGACGGGGGACCACGUAUGUACAUAUCCACCCCCUUACCUUCACCACGGACAUUCCAUUUUUUCUGUCUUGCCAGGUUCACUGGAGCCACUUCUCUCCAUGACGACUUCAGGAAAAAAAGAAACUCACAACUAUUGAUUUUUAAUAUACUCGGAUUCCAUAUUUUUUUCCUUUCCAGUUGCCACAGGAAUGGACUCUGGGAGGGAUUUGAAACUGUAGAUGUACAUCAGAUCUCCUGCCUCUCUCUUUGUUUCUGAUGAGUAGUUGGUGUCCGCAGAUGAACCUGACCAGCAUAAGGUACAAAUCAUUCAAUUCCACUGAAGGCAGCUUUUUCCUCUGAUCCCUUAUUACUGUGUUCCUGCCCUCUGACAAGAAGCCUCUCCUCGUUUGGUACUGCAUCGGUAGCGGAAUAUUCUGCGUGGUUAUUGCCCUUCUGAGGCCUAAAAGAGACAGAUGCAUUAUGCCUUGUUUUGGCUCAUUUCAAAGAAAAUGUCUGCCAUCCGUUUCCAUUUUUUUUCUUCUAUUUGCCUUAUUGUUCGUUCAAAACGUAUCGUUGAGUUGAUGAAUGUAUUGUGCUGUUACUACUUACUUGCCUGCGCUUGUAUGGAUUUGCUGUUUCUAUGUUUUUGGGGGGAGGGCACAGGGGAGACACCCUGAUUCAAAAAAAGAAGAAAAUUAGAUCAAUACUGUAUAACAUGUAACUUAUGUAACUGUUUACUGUAACAGUUUGCUUGAAUUAAUAAAAAUCUAAUGUCAUGUUUCA